AUGGCAUCACAGACCAUUGAUGUGGCAGCUCUAGGAAGACCUCUGUAUCCUGGUAUGCUGUAUGACUGCCGCAAGGACACCUUCAUUCCAGGUGUCACUCUGUGGGAUAAGAAGUCACUGACUGAAGAUUUGGACACCCGUCCACAGCCCAUGACAGAUGUGAAGUUCAGUAGCUCCGACUCUCUCUCUAGUAAGUCCAGUCUCCUGGAUGUAAGUGAUUCCCUGAAGGCCAGCUUCUUGGGAGGGCUGGUGGAGGUGGGAGGAUCUGCCAAGUUCCUGCGUGACACCAAAUCCUCAAACCAACAGUCCAGAGUUACAAUGAAUUACAGUGAAACCACAAGAUUUGAUCAGCUCACUAUGACUCAGCUGGGACAGAUCACUUACCCUCAGAUCUUUGACCAGAAAACUGCAACUCAUGUGGUCACUGCUGUACUGUACGGUGCUCAGGCCGUCAUGGUGUUUGAUCGGACAUUUUCAGAAGAUGAAGUUAAGCAGGAGAUUGAGGGAGAACUGAAUGUCAUGGUCAAGAACAUCCCUAAAUUUUCAAUUGAGAGACAAGGAGCUUUACAAAUGACAGAUGCUCAAAAGAAUAUGGCUGAAAGCAUCGCCUGCACAUUUUAUGGUGACGUCCGCCUUGAGCAGAACCCCACCACUUUUUUGGAGGCCCUAGAGGUGUACAAGAAGCUCCCCUCUAUACUGAAGGAGAAGCCAGAUAAUGCAGUUCCAAUAAAAGUCUGGCUCUAUCCUCUUUUUCUACUGGAUAAAAAAGCUUCUCAGUUGAUGAGAGAAAUCACCACACAUCUGGUUUCCAACACUCAAGAUAUAAUAGAGGGGCUGGGAGAAGUACAGAGGACAUGCAACGACCUGUCAAGACAAACUCUGGUAAAUGUUUUCAAUGACAUCAAAGAGAGGCUACAUUCGUUUCAGGGUUCUCUUAACAUUUACAAAAUGGUUCUCCUGAAAGCAGUGGCCAAGGUCUUGCCUGCUAUACGAGGAGGAGAGAUGGAGCAAAAUUCACUGGAAGACAUCCUGAAGAUCCACUACAGCUCCCCCUUUAAUGCUGACAUGCUAAACCAGUGGUUAGAUCAUGCAAAGGCUGAACUUAACAUCUUGAGUUCUCACACCGAGAUGCUGGAGGAAAUCAAUACUGAAGACUCAAACCGUCUCAACACCAUCCUCCUUGAUCCUAAUAUUGAUGUUGUGAUGUGCUUGACCUUCACAUCUCUGAAGUAUGAAGACUCGUAUCUUUCAACCCUGAAGAAGUUUCUGGAAUCUGACGAGUUUAAAGAGCUAGACGUGGGAAUGAAACACAACUCUAGCACGUUAGUAUCAGAAGAGUGGCUCAACAAUCCUGGUGUCAGCUCAAAGAUGAGAGAUAACUUAUCUGUUUUCAGAAGUUCUUCAGAGGCUAAUAAAGAUGAAAAGAGAUAUCGAUUCAUUAUUUCUGCCAUCUCCGAUCCCUCCAGUCCAGGCUCCUCUAUCUAUCUGUAUGAAAAAGGGAAGCUGACAGACACACAGUUCCAGCCCGUGUCGAAGCCUCCCCCAGCAGAAGUGAAGAAGGUCCUGGAGGAUAGUGUGUCCCUGAAACUACAGAAGUCCCCAACUGGAGAAACUGUGCAGUUCAGAGUGGAGUACCAGCAGGUGAAAGCAGAUUCUGGCGCUGAGGAACAGUGGAUUAUAAUAAACACUGCUGAUGAAGACUUUACUCUGACUGGAUUGGAGUCUGGAAAGCAGUACUUGAUCCGCUACAGGAUAGUGGGUAAAGUGGGAGUGAGUGAAGCCAGUGACACUAUCGGCCCCAUACAGUCUUUAGAUUCUCUUCCGCUCACUCUGGAUCUGAACACUGUGAGUAAAUACAUCCGUCUGUCUGAGGAGAACAGAGUGAUUACUAACUCUAUUACGGAGCUUCAGUCGUAUCCUGAUCAUCCAGACAGAUUUGACGUGUGUCUUCAGGUGUUGUGUAGAGAGAGUGUGUGUGGACGCUGUUACUGGGAGAUUGAGUGGAGUGGGAGUGUGUGUAUAUCAGUGUCAUAUAAGAGCAUCAGCAGAAAGGGAUCGGGUGAUGAGUGUGUGUUUGGACGUAAUGAUCAGUCCUGGAGUUUUUUCUGCUCUUCCUCUGGUUACUCAUUCAAACACAAUAACAUAAAGACUAAACUCCCUGUAAAGCCCAUCAGCAGCAGAAUAGGAGUGUGUGUGGAUCCCAGUGCAGGAACUCUGUCCUUCUACAGCGUCAACAGAGACACAAUGAGCCUCAUCCACACAGUCCAGACCACAUUCACUGACACACUCUAUCCUGGGUUUAGGUUUUAUAAAUGGUUUGGGGUUUAUUAUGGAUCAUCAGUGAAACUGUGUUGA